ACACGAUCGUACUCGUCAUGUCGAAUAUAAUACAAAAGGUUUCAGCGUUCUUUCGAGUCGGACGUGCUCGAUAUCUGGCAGGAAAAGAUCUAGAUCAUAACAAAUAUUACGAAUAUCCACCUUUGGAUGGCAAUACAGAUCCACGAAGGACUAGACGAUUGGUGCGAUUUAGAGAACAUAAAGAAUUGGGUGAAUAUGAUCAAAGUACUUUACCUCCUCAAUGGCUGAUGUGGCUUAGGCAUACACGGAAAAGCGCACCAACUAUCGAAGAAUUGAGCAAAGAUCGAGAACGAAUCGCAAUCACACAACAUAACGUAAGAAUCUUGGAACAAAGGGACGCUCAAAGAAGGUUGGAGUUGGAACAAAAAGCACAAGAUGCCAUGAAAGAGCGACAGCUAAUCGAACAAGAAUAUUAUUCGCCAAACAAACAAAGAAGAGAUGGCAAAACUACAGCUGUUCCCACUUCCACAGUGACGGAUUCAAAAGCACAAGAGGAAGCUGCACAUAGAGUGCCGUUCGAACAACAAAAAGAUGCAGAAACGACAUACCAGCAAAGAACUGUGGAUAUGGAAGUUUGGGAAGCCUCUAGGCGAAGGAUGGAAGAGAAGCAAGGAAAGGCGAAUGAAUCGAUGGAUGAUGCGAUUCAAGCUCGUGCGGAAAGGAGGGCUAAUUUAGACGCAAAAGAGAUGGAAAGACAGAGAGCACGUAAAGUGAUGAAUCAAAGUCCCUUGUCAGCUUUUGAUGUUUCCAUUGAAGGUCAAAAGAGUCAUACAUCUCCGCAAGAGAAUGCACGAAAUCAAUUGAAUCCUAGAUUUGGUAGAGCGGCUGGACCGGGUGAUGAAUGGUCACCAUCUGAGUGGCAGCCCAAGCCAGCCAGGAGAUAAUUCAACCCAAAACAGAUGUAUAGAUAUGACCAUAUUGCACUGUAUAAUAUUAUGAAUUCAAUGCCUCCCCCCAUCAUCAUAUCU